CAGAUGAACAGAAUUUGAUCUGAAAAUGGCAUUGUGGUUAUCUUCCUUGGAAAAUUAAGCUUAAGGUCCGAUAUAAAUUUAUGGUGAAAAGUGAUCACCAGCUUUUACAUUCUUCCCAGACUAUCGAGCGCAAAAGUGCAAGAAAUGGCGGUCGUCGCGGUUCACCAGUUGGCCCAGUGCAUAACUUGCCACGCUUGGAGUCCCGAUCACACUAUGAUUGCACUUUGUCCCAAUAAUAAUGAAGUUCACAUUUAUAAAUCCUCCCAAGACAAAUGGGACAGGGUACAUGUCCUCCAAAAGCAUGAUCAAAUUGUCUCUGGGAUAGAUUGGAGUGUGAGAUCAAACAGAAUUGUUACUGCAUCUCAUGAUCGAAAUUCAUAUGUAUGGAACAAAGAAGGACCAGAAUGGGUACCAACCCUUGUUAUUCUCAGGCUUAACCGUGCUGCACUUUGUGUGCAGUGGAGUCCAAGAGAGAAUAAGUUUGCUGUUGGAAGUGGGGCUAAAACUGUAUGUAUAUGCUACUAUGAGCAAGACAAUAACUGGUGGGUCAGUAAAGUUUUAAGGAAGAGACAUGAUUCCUCUGUGACAAGUGUUGCUUGGCACCCCAAUAAUAUUCUUCUUGCAACAACAUCUACUGAUGGAAAAUGUCGAGUUUUUUCCACCUUUAUAAAAGGUGUUGAUACAAAGUAUGUAACCUUAUUAUCCGCUGUUAAUUUUUUGUUGAAACAGCAAAUUGUCCAGCUUGAUCUGUCAUUUUCCUGGGCAUUUGGUGUUAAGUGGUCACCAAGUGGCAAAACAUUAGCUUAUGUAGGUCAUAAUUCUAUGAUUUACUUUGUUGAUGAUGUUGGUCCUUCUCCACUGUCCCAAAAUGUGGCAUUUCGCGAUUUACCUCUCCGUGAUGUCCUAUUUUUUUCUGAGAAAAUGGUCAUAGGUGUGGGAUUUGAUUGUAACCCAAUGGUUUUUGGAGCUGAUGAAAAAGGAAUAUGGAGCUUUGUCCGGUGCCUCAAUGAAAAGAUAUCGUCAUUUUCAGGUUCAAAGUAUGGUUCACAGUUAUCUGAGGCGUUCGGAAAAUUUAAUGGCCAAUCAGAGAUUGGUGUGAGCAAUGAUGGCAUUGAUUCUUCAACAUCGCAGGGAGUCAUUCAUGAGAACUGCAUAAAUUGUGUUGCGUCUCUUGGGAAAGCGGGGAGUUCUAGAACACUGCGCUUCAGCACUUCAGGAUUGGAUGGGAGAGUGGUUAUUUGGGAUCUGGAGAACCAGGAAGAUCUCUCCCGAUUUCUGUGAAAGAUUUCAUAUUUUUCAAGGCUCUACUUGCAUAUCCUUUGUAUAUCAAUUGGCAAUUGGGACUGAAUAAUUUUACCUAUGUUCAGAAGAAGGGGCUACCAACUAAUUGCUCCAUGGCAUUGCAGACUUCUCAACAAACUUGAAGUCAAGAAAUGUCCGCCUUGAGCAAAUUCCUCGGUGGAUAAAGUUUGGUCUUUGAUUAUUUAAUUUUGAAUUCCUCAAAUUUUUAGUAUACAUGCUCGCCUACACUUACUAGACCUAUUGGCUAUUUAAUAUUACCACAGUGAAAUGUUUGCAUAACAAAUUCCACCUCAUCUCAAGACGAUUUUCUUAAAAAUGAAAUUCUAUGCCUCUGUAAGCUGACGCCCUGGGUACUCUCUGAUAAUCGCCUUUCUGGUAACAUCCCACCAUGCCUUUUCAACUGAUGACUGUAUAUAUAGAAACAAAUCUUGCUCAUGGUCUUCCAUCAGAGCUAGGAAUUUUUCUUUCAUAUCUGCAAUUCUUUUCCAUUUCACUUUACC